UUAUUCCGUCCACAUCGCGUACUGAACUAUAAAAAGCCAACCGAUGUUUCAAUUGGAAUCAGUUGGCACAGUCUUGUCUCAGCCUUUGCAACCCACUAAAGAGAUCAACAAUGAAGUCAACUGUCGCAUCGUGUCUGUUGCUUUUCGUUGCUGCCACUCACGCCCAAUGGCUGAACAACUACGGAUACGGUCUAAAUGCUGCUGGAUUUGUUGGCGGAUAUUAUCCGGCCAACGCUAUCCACAGUGCUUACACCGGUUUUCCUGCUACAGCUGAUCCUUUCUACGGUUUAGCUUAUCCUGGGUACUGGCCAACCAAUGCUUACUACUCCGCAGCAGUCCUGCCAACCUACGAUUUCGCUGGUAACCAGGUCGGAGGCUACGCCCAGGUGCAAGACACUCCCGAAGUGGCUCAAGCUAAAGCAGCUCACUUCGCCGCUCAUGCUGCUGCCAAGGCUCAUCUAAUGAAACCUGUGGUGACAGCCGAUGUUGUCGCAAAGCCAGAAGUAGUAGAGAAAUCGGUUGAAACUGUCCCUGUUGCGACUCCCAUUUCACGCAAAAAGCGACAGAUUCAACACAUUUCACCGUUUGCCUAUGGUUUCCCUUCUUACCCUAUGGCUUACAGCAAUUUAGCAGCUCAUCCAGGGUACAACUACGGUGCUCCAUUCGGCUACCACUUUGCCCAUCCUUAUUAUGGCACUCAAGUCUAUCCUGUGGUUCCUAACGUUAUGGCUCCGGCCGCUGCUUCUCCCGAUGCCACGACCAGCACCGUAACGGACGUGGCACCAACCGUUGCUAAAACUGCUUGAACAAUGAGACGCGUAGAUUGCCACUGUAUACCGAUGCACAUUUCGUUUUUCCUUUCUUUUGUAUGAAUGUUUUUGCUACCGAAAUCUUGUGAAAUAAAAUUCUUUUGAACGUUGAA